AGUUUCACACUCACAGCCAAUAGAAGCAAGCAGUUCGAAAAAUUGGAAAAAACAUGGCCAGGAAUUUAUUUACGCUUCUUUUCGGAGCUACGCUAUUAGUUGUCUUAAUAAUGAGUGCUCAAGCUCAUUCCGAACCAGAAAUCCAAACCAUAAGUCCAACAACAGAACCUACCAGCAGACCAACGCCACCUACUAGGAGACCUACACCACCUACUAGGCGACCAACGCCACCAACCAGGCGACCAACGCUACCUACUAGGAGACCAACACCACCCACUAGGCCACCUACACCACCUACUAGGCAACCUACACCACCUACUAGGCUACCUACACCACCCACUAGGCGACCAACGCUACCUACUAGGAGACCAACACCACCCACUAGGCGACCUACACCACCUACUAGGCAACCUACACCACCUACUAGGCUACCAACCCCACCUACUAGGCUACCUACACCACCCACUAGGCGACCAACGCUACCUACUAGGAGACCCACACCACCUACAAGGCGACCAACCCCACCUACUAGGCGACCUACACCACCCACCAGUCGACCAACGCCACCUACUACGAGACCAACACCAACCACUAGGCGACCUACAUCACCUACUAGGCGACCAACGCCACCUACUAGGCCAACACCGUCUACAACGGAAACACCAAUAUAAUGAAGACCCAUAAGAAAACGAGUGCCGAAUAAUGACGCAUUAAAUUUUUGGAACCGUUUAGUAAAUUAAUAAAGAAUUUGGAAAUUUUAUACGAUUUAAAGAGAUCUGUUUAAAUAAAGUCAAAAAAAUUUUCUUUC